AUGUCCAAGAAGAUGAUCGGUUGCCCUACAGAAAACAAGCAAUGCAAUCAAACUGAGGUGGAAAAUGGGCAUCCCCCUCUCUCACCUCCUACUUGUGGCACAAAUUCAGUGGAGGAGAUGGUGCAGCAGAUGAAAGAACUCAUCACUGAGAAUAAUGAGCUGAAAGAAGCUAUGAGGCAACGCAACCAAGCAAUGAAGGAGCGCUUUGAAGAGCUUUCUGCGUGGAGGGAGAAACUGAAAGAAGACCGGGAGUUUUACGAAUCCAAAUUCAAGGAAGCUCGGCGCUGCUUGGCAGACAAAUGUGUUGAAAAUGAUAUGCUUAAAAAACAACUCCGAACUCUUGAAGAAAGAGAGGAAGGGUUCACAAAUGAAUACACAGUUUCUCAGAAGGAAAUGACCCAAAAACUGGAGCAGGUGAAGGGGCAGGUGACAAAGCUCCAGGCGGAGAAGGCUGAUCUGGUGGCCAUCAUUUCGGAGCUGCAACUGAAGCUGAACAGCGCAACCACCGAAGACUCGUUUGUUGAGAUCAGGAUGCACGACGGAGAAGUAAGUGGAGCUUUGAAAGAAAAUCCAGAGCUGAAUGGCAAGAAAAACGGGGACUCGCCCACCUACAUGAGGAGCAGGUCUGCAGAUGAAACAAAAGCCUGUUUGGAGUCUGAAGAGUUAACUGUCAGCCAGCUUUUUCAUUGCUUCAGGAAUGAGACUAAAGAGAGGGAAGCAUUGGAAAAGGAACUUCAGGAGCACAAAGACCGGUUGCUGAGGACAGAGAAGAAAGCAGACGAUCGUUUGGAAAGAGGCACUCAGACAGAACAAGAGGAGGAAGACAACACAGAAGCCAGAGCAGAGAGUGUGGGUAAUGAAGUAGAAACUCUAAACCUUCAAGUUUCUGCCUUGUUCAAAGAACUUCAGGAGACGCAUGCCAAGUUGACAGAAGCUGAGGUGAUCCAGAAGAAGCUGCAAGAAAAGUGCCAGGUGCUUGAAAGGAAACACUGCACCAGUGUAGGAGAUUUGGAUGAAAAGCAACAGCUGCUGUAUACAAUUAAGAAGCUGGAACUUCAGGUGGAGAGCAUGCAGUCAGAGAUUAAGCUGGAACAAGCCAAAACCAAUGAGGAGAAAGUCAUGUUUAAUAAGUUGCAGGAGGCCUACAGCAAGCUCCUCCCUGAGCUGACCAAUGCCUUGCAAGCAGCUGAAGACCUGAAAGCCAAGGAGGCCGAGAGGGUGGACAAGGCUGUGGCCGAGGAACUGACACAGAAGCUGGAGCUGGCCGAGAAAGCGCUGGCUGCCAAACAGCUCCAGAUAGACCAGAUGAAGCAGACCGUCGCCAAGCAGGAGGAAGAACUGGAGACGGUGGCAGUCCUCCGGGCUCAGAUGGAGGUGUAUUGUUCUGACUUCCAUGCUGAAAGAGCAGCUCGGGAAAAAAUCCAUGAGGAAAAAUCGCAGUUAGCUGUGCAGUUAGCCUACCUGCUGUCUGAGAAACAAGGCCGUGAAGGUCUCGGCAGGAAUUCCUUGGCAGAAUUGCAGACUCGCCAUGGGGCUAGAAUUCCCUCAGGUCAGGAUAACUUAGCUGAUUUUAACCAAGAAGAAACAGAAGAUCAGGUCUGGCAGCAGAGGAAUAUCCCAAUACAUUCUUGCCCAAAGUGUGGAGUGAUUGUUCCUGAUAUAGACACGCUUCAGAUACAUGUUAUGGACUGCAUCAUCUAAGCUCUGUCCUCAGAAAUGCACAUAAACAAGAACUGCACUUUAGAAGCAAAUGUAUCCACCACAACGACAACCUUUUAAUAGAGAGAGCAUAAUCUUUGGAAACUGAUCUGCACUUUUUCCUAUU